GAAACAUUGAAUCUUCAAUUUUCUUAAGACUCGUCUUAUUUUUGUUUCGAAAGUUUUUAUUAUUUACAAGGCUCUAAAGUACUUAAUAAUAACUAGAAUAACACAAAAGUAAACACAAUGAAGGAUCGAAAAAUUCUUUCGACAAUCCUUCUAACAUCUUUAAUACUCCUUGUUGUAACAAAAUAUACAUUAUCAUGUAAUCAAAUGUUGUGUGCAAGCAUCGUAUCAAAAUGUAUGUUAACUCAAAGUUGUAAAUGCGAUUUAAAGAAUUGUACAUGCUGUAGAGAUUGCCAUCAAUGCCUCAGCUGGUUAAAGGACGAAUGUUGUAGUUGCGUUGAUUUGUGUCCAAAACCAAGCGACACAAAAAAUCCAUUAUCAAAGCAAUCUCAUCAUGGAGAGCUUGAAGGCAUUCCAGGAUUAUUUAAUGUUCUCUUAGAAGAUCCAGAUGAUGAUAAGUGGUCAGUUUUUACAUUCCCCGUUGAUUAUGACACUUCACAUUAUGAAGCAAAAACAAAAAAUUCCCAAUUUUACAUGCAUUCAACCGACCAUGAUCUUCAAAGUGUUUCAGAUUUAAAGACAGCAACUGUGAAUUGUAGUGUAACAUUUAUGUCACCAUGCAUGAGUAUGCUCAAAUGUCGAGAAGCAUGUUCGAGUAUGGGUGCAAGCUCAUAUCGAUGGUUCUUUGAUGGAUGCUGUGAAUGCAUAGGAUCAACUUGCUUUGAUCAUUACAUCGAUGAAUCGAGAUGUUCAGAAUGCCCUGAAUCAAAGAUUGGUGAUGGAAAUAAUAACAGUCUUGAUCCAAUGCCACCAAAUGAAGACGAUUUGGAGUAUGGUGAAGAUAUGAAGAAUAUCUAAACGAUUGUACCUUGCCAAGUGAGAUGUGCCUUAAUUAUGUUUAGAGAUUUUUUCUGGGAAGCAGGAGUCACUUUUCUGUUAUGCUUCUUAAUCGCUCUUGAUAUUAACAAAGCUUCUUAAAGCGAAGAAUGAUAAAAAUGUUAUUUGUAGUAAUAAAAACUUUAAUGAACGAGCCUGGAACACGAGAAUGAAUGCGUGGAAUUUAAAAGUCAAAUAUUUGUUAUUUUCUAAUUGCUACUUGAUAAAUGAAUCUUAUUUUACCAUUCCAAGCUUCGUUUUUCGAGUUCCAACGCUCAACUAACCAUGACAAUCAAUUAGGAUUUUUAGUUGUUGACUUCCAAUAUUUUUAUGUGAGGAACGCGUUAAUUAAUUUCAAAUAAAUUUACAAAAAAUGAUAUUUUUAUUUCA